AUGAAUGCAUUCGGACGGUGGCCGGAGCAUGUGCUGCCAUCUCUUGCGAGCGUGGCGAACCAACGCAGAUGCCCCAAUUCCAAAAUGGCUUCCGUGGGGCUCAAUCCCCCGCCUCCGGAGCUUUGCGAGAACGAUCCCAAUUUUGCCGUCAUCUGCAGCUUCUUGGACCAGUUUGGCGAGGCCUGUGGGAUCGACUACCCCGCGAUUGAUGAGCUCAGUUUGAUGCUUCAGGAUACCAAUGAUGUAUCCCCCUUGCUGCUGGACCUACACAUACGUCUGCUGCGGAAGGCGAAGAAGCAGGUGAAGGUGGAGCAAUGGGAGAAGGGUCUCAUCAAGUUCUGCCACAGCUACUGCAGGGAGGACGCCUGGGAACUGGAGCGGUUCGGGUACCAGAAGACACGACUCGCCGUGAAACUUCGAAUCCUGAAGAAUUUGUGUGAGCUGCAGUUUGACAGCAACUGGAAGUUCAAGUGCAAGGUGAAUGCGCUAGAAGCGAAUGAGCUGCGACUGCGCCCCAUCGGUCGUGACCGAAUGGGGAGAUACUACUGGCUCCAGAUUGAUGACCGGGCCAACCUUCGUGUGUAUUGCGAGGAUCUCGACGACGAGAAGUGGUCCCUUGUGGCACAGGACAAGGUGACCUUGGAGAAACUGAUCCAGGAGCUAACGUCACAGGAGCCUGGGUUGAAGAGCGAGAGUGAGUCCCCGGAGGACUCCCGGGAUGUGCCCGAGGUCCCCUUCCUGGACACGGGGAAGGUGGAAGAAACUAAUGGAGAAGGUGAAGAAGACAAUGGUGAAGAGGAGGAGGAAGAAGAGGACAAAGAAAGUGAGAAAGGACAAGAGAAUGUACAGAAGGCCCAGGCAGAAGAUGAAGAAAUGAAGCUGGCAGAAUAUGUCGAGGAGGAGGAGGAGCCGUUCCAAAGUCCAGAGACGGAAGACGAGGACAUGGACUUGGACCUACCGGAGCCUGAAAAGCCAAAACCGAGUGAAGAGAAAGUAAAGGAUUCAGUACAAGUUGAAAGUGAAGCUGUAAGAAGGGAAGAUGAAGAGCAUGGUGUGGAGGAGAUUGAAUUGGGAGGUGUUCAAGUGAAAAAGGAAGAUGAGGUUAGAGUUAGGCAAGAAGACAAUGCAGUAAAAGAUGAAAGUAUCUCACAAGAUGUGAGAGAAGUUCAGGAGGAACACAAGGACGAUGAAUCGAGUGCCAGAACUUUGGUGAAGGAUGGACCUACACUUGAUGAAAGUGUGAAAGGGAAUAUUGAAAACAGAGAAAGUGAGCAGGAAAACUCAUCUGUGAUCCCACCUGACAUUGUGAGUGAAUCUGAGCUGCCUCACAGUAGUGGGGCUGCUGUGCCACCUGACAUCGAAAGUGUUGUUAAGCCACCUGACUCUGAAAGUGCUCCUGAGCCACUUGAAGUUGAGAGUGCUGUGAAGUCUUCUGAUGUUAAAAGUGACCCUGAGCCACCUGACAUCGAGUGUGCAGUGAAGUCUUCUGACAUUGAAAGUGCUCCUGAGCUACCUGACAUCGAGAUUGCUACCAAGCUACCUGACUGUGACCGUGCCACCAGCCUGUCUGACCUGGACAGUGCAGCGACACCUGUCACAGUGUCAUCUGAAGCCAGUACUACAGAAGUGUCAUCACUUCAACAGUGUUCUGAUAAAGAUAUGGGUUCAGUCCUUGCAGCUAAAGCUCCUGGGAAUGACACAGCUGGUCAGGCUUCUGUACUCACUGUGCAUUCUGCCAUGGAGACCAAAUCAGAAACUGCCAAGGAGCCAGGAGCAAUAUCUGAAGUGUCUCCAGCAGAUGCAGUCUCUCCUGGAACAAGUUCAUUUUCAUCUGAGGCUUUAAAUAUCACAACUGUUGCUCCUCAGGGAAGUGAAGGUGGAGAAAGAUUCCAAAAUGAUCCUCAAUUAGUUGAGAAACCAGGACUUUCUCAGUCAACUGAAGAACCUGAUCAGCAAGAAGCUCCUUGUGCAACUGAUGAACCUGAAACUCCAAUGUCAACUGAUGAACCUGAAGCUCCUAUGUCAGCUGAUGAUCCUGAAGCUCCAAUGUCACCUGAUCAAUCUGAAGCUCCUCGGGCAACUGAUGAACCUGAAACUCCAAUGUCACCUGAUCAACCUGAAGCUUCUCAGGCAACUGAAGGUGAAGUAAUUCAAGCAGCAACUGAGUCUAAAGUUCAUAUUUCAGCUGAUGAACCUGAAGCUCCUAUGUCACCUGGUGAACCUGAAGCUCCUCAGACAUCUGAUGAACCUGAAGCUCCUAUGUCACCUGAUGAACCUGAAGCUCCUGUGUCACCUGUUGAACCUGAAGCUUCUAUGUCAGCUGAUGAUCCUGAAGCUCCUCAAACUUCUGAUGAACCUGAAGCUCCAAUGUCACCUGAUCAAUCUGAAGCUCCUCGGGCAACUGAUGCAUCUGAAACUCCAAUGUCACCUGAUCAACCUGAAGCCUCUCAGGCAGCUGAUGAAGGUGAAGUACUUCAUUCAGCAACUGAACCAGAAGUUUCUAUGUCAGGUGUAGACCCUGAAGCUCCUCAGUCCAAUGAUGAAGGUGAAACUACUGAACCAGGUGAUGAACCUGUAAUCCGUAAAACAGAAGAUAAAUCUGAAGCUCUUGCAUCAGCUGAUGAAUCCAAAGAGCCUGAUCAACCUCCACUAAAAAAAGCAGGGGUGGAACCAGCAGAGGAAGCCAUGGAAAUAUGUAGUGAUCUUAACGAAGAAAAAGACUCAUCGGUAACAACUACUGUUGAGCAUUCAGUAUCAGGUCAGCCUGAAGGAGAGAGCAUGUCUCCAGAAAUGGGUGAAACCUCAGAAGUAAUGAGUGGUGCAGCUGAGGCAGCAGUUCCUAGUAAUUCGAGAGAGUCGACUGAAGCAGGUCAGUCAGAAGCUGAAUCCCUUGUUGAGAGUACCGAAGACACAAAACCACAAGAUGAUGGAGUGACUUCGAUGCUGGAGGACAGCAAGGAGGGUACUGAUGUUGUGCCACAGGACACCCAGACUGGGAAUUCAGAGAAAUUGGAGAGCCCAGCCCCAUCUCCAAGUGCAAUUGUCAGCCCCAAGCCUGCAGGCACAGUGAAAAGUUUGGUACCUGCAUAUGAUGCCGACAAUUCCCCAGAAGCAGAUGAUGCUGACAGUACAAGCCAAGAAGAUGACAAAGGGAAACUUGAAGAGAGUUCAACAAAAGCAGAUGAUGCACUUGUAACAACACCAGCUGACAGUUCAACACCAGCUGAGGAGAGUUCAGCACUAGAGGAUGAUGCAGUUGUGAAGAACGCUGCUGACAGUUCGACAUCGGAAGGCGAUACAGCAGCCUCUGUACCCGAAGACAAGUCUGCACCAAUGGUUAGGUCACCCAAUGGCUCACAGAAUCCAGAUAGUUCAUCAACAGAUGACGCAGGAGCCACAAAACCUGAAGGUAGUUUGAUACCGUCGAACGAAGCCGAUAGUGACACCAUUGUCGAGCCUGUCAUGCAUAUAACCGGUGAAGGUGAAGGCCAGCAGUGUGAAACGGGGAAUAUCCUGCCCCCCUGCACAUUCUGUGAGGUUGGGACAACAUGCCGCUGCAAUGAGGUGAUUGUAGAGGACGUGAUGUUGGUCUUUGGUGAGGGCUUUGGGGCCGAGUGCGAGACGGGAAACGUGGGCGAGCAGGAACAGUCGCGGCAGGCCGAGUCCCUAUCCGCAAAGCCGGGUCCGGUGAAUGGACAGGUCCAACCCUCGUGUGAUAUGGAAUCUCAGUCUGAAUCUCAAGAUGAACCCAAGUGCAAUGGGCAGGGAGAGGCAGCGGAUGAUCCCGACAAGCAGGAUGACGAGGAAGAUGACGAUGGGCAGGUAUGUCUGAGAAUCAACAUCCUUCAGCUUUUGUUCAUUGCCACUCUGCAAUGUGUCCAAUAA